CAAAACAUACCUUUGAACGUAACCUCAGCAAAAUUUGCUUAAAUAUGUCUUACUAUUAAUUUGAUCUAGAUUAUUAACUAAAUAUUAAAUAUGACCGCUCCUCCGGCAGCUUUAGUUAACAGGAAUAAAAAGCAUUUUUUGGGCGUACCAGCACCGCUUGGAUAUGUAGCAGGUGUUGGAAGAGGAGCGACAGGAUUUACAACACGUUCUGAUAUUGGUCCUGCUCGAGAUGCCAAUGACGUUUCAGACGAUCGCCAUGCUCCACCUGCAGCAAAAAGGACCAAGAAGAAAGACGAGGAAGAGGAGAAGGAGGAAGAAGAAGAUUUGAAUGAUUCCAAUUAUGAUGAAUUUAGUGGUUACGGUGGUUCGUUGUUCUCAAAAGAUCCUUAUGAUAAAGAUGAUGCUGAAGCUGAUGCUAUUUAUGAAGCUAUAGAUAAACGAAUGGACGAAAAACGUAAAGAAUAUAGAGAAAAACGUCUUAGGGAAGAACUGGAAAGGUAUCGGCAGGAAAGGCCAAAAAUUCAGCAACAGUUCUCAGAUUUGAAGAGGGAUUUGGUUAAAGUGACAGAUGAUGAGUGGAAAAAUGUUCCAGAAGUAGGAGAUGCAAGAAACAGGAAGCAAAGAAAUCCCAGGGCUGAAAAAUUCACCCCUCUUCCUGACAGUGUUUUAGCUAGAAAUCUGGGUGGAGAGUCCUCCACUGCUAUUGAUCCUAAUUCUGGUUUGGCAAGUAUGGUUCCAGGAGUAAAUACACCUGGAAUGCUUACCCCUACAGGUGAUAUGGAUUUGAAAAAAAUUGGACAAGCAAGAAACACCUUAAUGAAUGUGAAGCUGUCUCAAGUCUCAGAUUCAGUAACGGGACAGACAGUUGUUGAUCCAAAAGGUUAUUUAACAGAUUUGCAGUCCAUGAUACCCACUUAUGGUGGUGACAUAAAUGACAUUAAGAAAGCCCGGCUCCUGUUGAAAUCUGUGAGAGAAACGAAUCCCAAUCACCCUCCAGCUUGGAUCGCUAGUGCCAGGCUGGAAGAAGUUACUGGUAAAGUACAAGCUGCUAGAAAUUUGAUAAUGAAAGGGUGUGAAGUCAAUCCGCAGAGUGAGGAUUUGUGGUUGGAAGCAGCUAGAUUAAACCCUGCUGAUACCGCUAAAGCAGUUAUUGCACAAGCUGCGCGACAUAUUCCAACAUCAGUUAGGAUAUGGAUUAAAGCUGCAGAUCUGGAGUCAGAAACAAAAACGAAAAGAAGAGUGUUUCGAAAAGCCUUGGAGCAUAUUCCAAACUCCGUGAGGCUGUGGAAAGCGGCUGUGGAAUUGGAAAACCCCGACGACGCCCGGAUCUUGCUUUCCAGGGCGGUAGAAUGUUGCCCGACGGCAGUGGAGCUUUGGUUGGCCCUUGCCAGAUUGGAAACCUACGAAAAUGCGAGAAAAGUGCUGAACAAAGCGCGCGAAAAUAUCCCCACCGACAAACAGAUUUGGACUACUGCCGCGAAGCUCGAAGAGGCCAACGGUAACCAUCACAUGGUGGAGAAGAUUAUAGAAAGGGCUAUCACAUCUCUCAGUUCCAACGGCGUAGAGAUCAAUAGGGAACAGUGGUUUAAGGAAGCCAUCGAAAGCGAAAAGGGGGGCCACGUUCACUGUUGUCGGGCUAUAGUCAAAGCGAUUUUGGGGUACGGAGUCGAACCCGAGGAUCAGAAGCACACUUGGAUGGAAGAUGCAGAAAACUGCACCACUCAAGGGGCCUAUGAGUGUGCCCGAACAAUAUACAACAUCUCUUUGGCUACAUUCCCCGGUAAGAAAUCAAUUUGGUUACGUGCCGCUUAUUUGGAGAAGAAUCACGGUUCCAGGGAGAGUCUGGAAAGUCUUCUUCAACGGGCUGUUGCCCAUUGCCCGAAAAGCGAGGUUCUGUGGCUUAUGGGGGCGAAAAGUAAAUGGCUCGCGGGAGAUGUACCCGCGGCACGGGGUAUUUUAUCCCUUGCCUUCCAAGCGAACCCCAACAGCGAAGAAAUUUGGUUGGCCGCGGUGAAAUUAGAGUCUGAAAAUAAGGAGUACGAGAGAGCUAGAAGACUAUUGGCGAAAGCUAGAGGGUCUGCCCCAACGCCCAGAGUCAUGAUGAAAAGUGCAAAAUUGGAGUGGUCCUUGAACGAUUUGGAUGCGGGUCUACAGCUGCUCGACGAAGCGCUUAAAGUGUUUCCCGACUUUCCGAAAUUGUGGAUGAUGUACGGGCAGAUUUACGAGCAGAAAAACGACUUGUCGAAGGCAUUUGACGCCUACAACGCGGGCAUAAAAAAGACGCCAAAUUCCAUCCCGCUUUGGAUUCUGUUGUCACGUUUGGAGGAAAAAAGGGGUCUCCUAAUAAAGGCCAGAUCGGUUCUCGAAAGAGCGAGAUUAAAAAACCCGAAAAACGACGAACUGUGGCUGGAAGCAAUCAGGGUCGAACUAAGAGCGGGAAUGAAGGAGAUCGCGAACGCCAUGAUGGCGAAAGCGUUGCAGGAGUGUUCCACGUCCGGGUUGCUGUGGGCGGAGUCGAUAUUCAUGGAGCCCAGACCGCAAAGGAAAACGAAAUCAGUGGACGCCUUGAAAAAGUGCGAACACGAUCCCCACGUGUUGCUGGCGGUCAGCAAACUGUUUUGGUCGGAAAGGAAGGUGGGGAAAUGCAGGGAAUGGUUUCAGAGAACACUGAAAAUCGAUCCGGAUUUAGGAGACGCAUGGGCACAUUGGUAUCGAUUCGAACAACUUCAUGGUACUAAAGAAAAGCAGGAGGAGGUGAAGCAGAGGUGUUUAACGGCGGAACCGCAUCAUGGAGAGCUGUGGUGUUCGGUUUCCAAAAAUAUUAGAAAUGUGGGAUUUUCAACUGAACAAAUUUUGCUAGCCACAGCCAAAGAGGUACCAAUACCAAUAUAAGUAUUUUUAUUUGUACUCAUUGUAUAAAAUUUAGACGUGACUUUAAUCUAGAUAAGCUAAUUGAGUACUUGAUAAAUAAAACAUCUACCCGUAGGUCGGGACUGUGUUCUGAUUAUUUAAUAAAAGCCUCUGAUAUAAAAAUUG